UGGGGGGUGGAACUUACCAACGUGUUUGUUAUGGAAGAUGUCAUUCGUGAGAGGAGCUAUGAUAUCUGCGUCAAAGGCAAAAGUAUUGAGCCUUGCUAGGGCAUCUGCUCUUCUGACUAACCCCAGUGUGACCCAGCAGUUACACCGACUUCCCCCAAACCCCCUUCCAGCCCUUUACACAGCGGGGCUUCAGCGCUUUAGCAGUGCCUCAUCCCAGGAGAAGCUAGCUGUGUCAGACCAACCCGAAGAUAAAGUGAACCUCACUGAGUCAUGUGUGAAGAGACUAGGGGAAAUCAUGGAAAAGGGCGAGUAUCUCCGAAUACAUGUGGAGGGCGGAGGCUGCUCUGGGUUCCAGUACAAGUUUUCUGUUGAUAGUAACAGGAAUGAAGAUGACAGAGUGUUUGAGCAGGGAGGAGUGGGCAUUAUUGUGGAUCAGGACAGCCUGGAGUUUGUGAAAGGAGCCACAGUGGACUUUAGCCAGGAGCUGAUCCGCGCCACCUUCCUCGUGCUCAAGAACCCUCAAGCUGAUCACGGCUGCUCCUGUGGCAGCUCCUUCUCUGUCAAAUUAUGACCCUGCUUCCUUGAGUCAAUGCUACUUAAUACCCUCACCAGUUUGUUAGGCACACAUGUGCAAAAUACAAUCAAAUAUUAUAAACACUUCUCGUUAUAAUACAUUAUAGCUACUGGCUUUGUAGGUGUGAAAGUACUUGAACUGAAUGAAAGGCAGAGGUAUGAUUGAUCAUCAUUCUGUUUAGCAUAUAGUGACACUCAGAGCUCACUGACAGCUGAGUUCACAAUAGUCACCAUGUAUUCAAACUAAACAAAUGCACAGAUGAGGUGUUUGAGUAUGCAGUGCUGAGAUUUGUCUUUGUGUGUAAAAUAUGUAAAUAGGUCAUAUCUAUGAUUGCAAAGAGCGAAGAUAUAUUUCUUUCAUCUAAAAUAAAGUGAGUGAAUUUCA